AUGGGAGCAACCCCGUUUUAUCGUUCCAUACUCGAGGUCCGGCUGCCAAAACACUUUGACAAGCCAACGGACAUGAGGUACGACAGAACGCAAGACCCGCUGGAACACCUCACGGCCUUCGAGGCUAGGAUGAACCUAGAAGGAGUGGGAGACGAGGUAAGGUGCCGUGCUUUCCCAGUCACUUUGGCGGGACCUGCAAUAUGGUGGUUCAAUAACCUCCCGCAAGGCUCAGUGACCGGUUUUGCAGACAUCAGCCCUGCCUUCUUAGCCCAAUUGACGACCAGAAUCGCAAAAGCAAAGCACCCAAUCAACCUAUUGGGGGUGACUCAAAGACCCGGUGAGACGACCAGGAAAUACCUAGAUCGGUUCAACGAUGAAUGCUUGGAGAUUGACGCGCUGACGGACUCGGUAGCAAGUUUGUGCUUGACGAAUCGACUCCUGAACGAGGACUUCAGAAAACAUCUUACUACGAAACCAGUCUGGACAAUGCAGGAGAUCCAGUGUGUAGCGAGGGAGUACAUUAAUGAUGAAGAAGUCAGAUGGGUCGUGACUGCUAACAAACGGCAGCCCUCUCACAACCAAACCCGGCACCACGAGAGCGGAGAAAGACCAAGGGAACACGCCAGGAAGUUCACUAAUUACACUCCCCUCACGGCACCGAUCAUGGAAGUUUACCAAAAGAUAGCCGAGAAGGGAAUACUGUCGAAACCCCGACCUCUGAAGGAUCGAACAGGGAGAAACAAAAGCCUUUAUUGCGAAUAUCACAAGGGAUACAGGCACAAAACCCAAGACUGUUUCGACCUAAAGGAUGCACUAGUGCAAGCAAUCAGGGACGGGAAGCUUGCCGAAUUCUCCCAAAUCAUUAGAGAGCCGAGGAGACGGAAUCGUGACCACGAGGGCGAGGACAGGUCCCGGGCGAUAAGGCGAUGCCAAGAACCGGAGCGAGACGACCACAGUCUCAUGAUGGUAAACGUAGUAACGGUGAGGAAUUCGGCCCCGAGGUCGAGAUCGGUACAGAAGAAAGACGCCAAUGUCCUGGUAGUCUCCUCUUCAUUUGCGAGAAGUUCCCAGAGGCUCCCAUCCAUCUCCUUUGGUCCAGAAGACCAAUGGUUUGACGAGGUCCUGGAAAGCCCCCCCAUGGUCAUCAUGGCCAGGGUCGGAACCGGUCUCGUCAAACAGAUCCUCAUGGAUACAGGGGCACACUCAAACAUCAUAUUCCGCAACGUAUUUGAUGCCUUGGGACUGCGUGACGCCAACCUAGCGACCCACCAGCACGGUGUGGUAGGGUUGGGCGACCACUUCAUCAAGCCCGAUGGGAUUAUUUUCCUCCCGACCUCCAUGGGACAGGGACAGAGGCGAAGGACAGUAAUGGCCAAUUUCGUAGUUUUGCGGGAUUCCACAGCCUACAACAUCAUCCUGGGGAGGAAAACCAUCAACGACCUUGGAGCAGCGAUCAGUACAAAGCUGCUCGUAAUGAAGUUUGUUACUGAUGACGGAUCCAUGGGAUCCAUUAGAGGAGACUUGGAAACGGCAGUCGCCUGCGACCACGCCAGCCUCUCCUUGAGGAAAAAAUCUAAAGAAGCAUCAGGGGUGUUCCUUGCCGACCUGGAUGCCAGAAUAGACGACAAGCCCAGGCCCGAGCCAGAGGGGGACCUGGAAAAAUUCAGAGUUGGGGACACGGAAGAGAAAUUCACAUUCAUAAACAGAAAUCUCCCCCAUGAAUUGAAAGAACCUUUGAUGGAGAUGAUUAGAGCCAAUGCCGAUUUGUUUGCUUGGACGCCAUCCGACAUGCCGGGGAUAGACCCCCAACUCAUGUCACACAGCCUGGCCGUCAAGCCGGAAGCCCAACCAGUGGCCCAAAGGAGAAGGAAGAUAUCACAGGAAAGGGCAGAGGAGCUGGCCAGGCAGACGGCCGGACUCCUCGAGGCAGGGUUCAUCCGUGAACUAGACUGCUCCACUUGGCUAUCAAAUGUGGUUUUGGUAAAAAAAGCACAAUGGGAGGUGGAGAAUGUGUGUGGAUUACUCCGACCUCAACAAAGCGUGCCCCAAGGACUGCUAUCCCCUUCCCAACAUUGA